ACAAAUUACCUGUAAAUGUUUUUGGAAGCUCUCGGCAUACACCUUGCUUUUCACUGAACUUGCAAGCGUCAAAAUCAAACGUAUGACUAACCGGUAUAUUUCCCAAAACAACACAACAGAUCUCAGAGUAAGGCUUGGUGUGGCGCAACACAACGACUCAACAACCUGAAUCUUUCUACAGUAACGUAGCUGAAGGACUUCAUUGCGGUUAUGUAAAUUGGCUGUGAAGACGAGUGCGGUGAGUAAAUUGGCGAAAACUGUACUUGUGCGCUAUUUGACCGGAACGUGAGACCGAUGUUCUGGGACCGCACGCCUACGUUAUGGAGCAUUGUAACUCUCAGAAGCAGAAAAGUGGGACGCGCCUGUUGAGGAUCAAUUUUGAAAUUAAUUCGUAAUCAACCUGAUAACUGCUGAGAAGUGACCCUUAGAAAUUACAGAAUACUUUUGAGGUCACACCGCCAUCCACCCUGACUGCUGCUCUGUGGUUCGGUAGAUGAAUGCUGUCACUGAUUUGUCAUUGUUGCUCGCCAUCAAUCAUGCAGUUACUAAAUGGACUGAAGCAUCCUACUACUGGUCCUGACAGACGUUAGCCGGGCCAUAACAUCUGCCCAAUCAUCAAGAACUCAGAUACGGCAACAAAUUGCCCUUUCUCCGUUUCAAACACAUUUUCACAAGGAGCGCCCACAGCCAUACCCAAUCAACAUUAUAAUAACACUCCUAACAUGAAAUGUAAUAUUUAACAGAACAUUCAUGGAAUGGUUCCGAGCUGGUUUACUUGAGGAUGCUAUUACAUUGUCAAAAGCCAUUCAAUAAUUACUUCUGUUGAUCCUCAGUCUGGACCAGAUCUUUAUCAUGCCAGGCAAUGGGACCACCGAGGCAGGGUGUAGCAGGACAGUAGCAGAACAUGUCUCCAACACCACCUCCAGCCAGAUGGAGCGCUCCGUCACUGCGUCUGUCAUCUCCAUGACGGUGGGGAUCAUCUCCAACACCCUGGCUCUCUGCAUCCUGGUCAAAGCUUAUCACCGCUUCCGCCUGAAGUCCAAGGCCUUUUUCCUUCUGUUCUGCAGCGGUCUGGUAGUUACUGACUUCCUGGGCCACCUCAUCAACGGCUCGCUGGUUCUGUACGUCUACGCUUGCAACAAGAAGUGGGAGGCCUUUGACCCGCGCCACAUGGUGUGCGGUCUCUUUGGGGUGUCGAUGGUGUUCUUCGGCUUGAGUCCGCUCCUCCUGGGCAGCGUCAUGGCAGUGGAACGCUGCAUUGGGGUCACCAGGCCUCUGUUUCACUCCAGGGCUCUGGCUGCUCACCACACGAAGAGGUUGCUGGCGCUGAUCUGGCUGCUAGCUGCCUUGGUGGCUCUUCUGCCCGUACUGCUCUGGAGGCCAUACCAGGUGCAGCGCUCCAGGAGCUGGUGCUUCUUCCGCCUGGAAGGGCCCCGUGACUGGCUGGACAAGCUGCUCCCGCUGAUCUUCUCCUCUCUGGGCCUCCUGGCGCUACUGGUGUCCAUUGUUUGCAACAUGCUGACUUGCUGCACCCUGUUGCUGUCCAAGCUGCGCUGCCGCCGACAUCACCUGGCCAAGGGCACCUCCCACCACCUGGAGAUGAUCUGCCAACUCAUGGCCAUCCUGAUUGUGUCCUGUGUCUGCUGGGGUCCUUUAUUGGGUAUGCUGAAGAGGAGAGUCCACAAGCGAAGACCAAGCACUCUGCAGGAUCUAGUCAUGGUGAUCAUACUGAGCACCCAGGAGCAGGGCGAGUGCCCAGCCUUCCGUCUGCUGAUGGCGAUCCGCAUGGCCACCUGGAACCAGAUCUUGGACCCGUGGGUCUACAUCCUGCUGAGGAAGGCUGUCCUUAAGAAGGUCUUCCUGUUGGGCCACAGCUGCUGGGGAACCAAAUCUCAUUCCCACAGCCUUCCUCGCUGGAGGUGCAGCACAAUGAAGAGCUCUGUGGAGACAAGUGUUACUUCCAUCAGGAGUAAACUAGACUACUCUGGUGUGGAUGGAGUUGUGGAUGGAGGUGUGGAUGGAGUUGUGGAUGGAGGUGUGGAUGGAGGUCUUCCAGACACUGUGAUCAAAGCAAUGUCCUGAACCCCUGGAUGAGCGAUGUUAGGCUGCAUGAUAAAGUGUACAGAAGAAACUGGGAAUCAGAGACCCAUGAUAUUUAUCAUAACACACAGCACAAUGAACUUCUGGACCAUCAUUAACACUGUAUGGUACAUUAAUAGGCAGUUGGUGUUGUGUUGGUGUUGUGUUGUGUUGGUGUUUUGUUUUUGCUGGUGAACAGCCUUUAGUAUUUUAGGAUACUGGUGACAUUAUAAACCGAUCAUCAUUGAACUAGCUAUGCUUGCUACCAGAAAAACUAACAUAAAAUCACAUUAUGCUGGCUUGCAAAUUCAUUUUUAGUUCUAUUGGAUAAAUUGGACAAACUAAACCCUUCAAACUAUAAUAAUAAUUUCAGUAACAAGAACAGCCAAUAGAUUAGAUAAGUUAACACAAAUUAUUCAUAAACAAAAAGACAUAAACCACUAGUUAUAAAAUAUUCAUACUGCAAUUUAUUAUGCUGGGAGACAUAACAAUUGGUGUGGUUGUCCAGAGCAAUUUGACCAGCUUGACAAUGUAGCACCAGCAUAGACCAGCUUGAUCAGUUUCACCAGGAUUAGAGCAUUUGCUGGUCCCCAAAAAGACACAGCAAAGGUAGUUACCAGAAGUACCAGCCAGACCAGCUAGACAGCCAGUUCAACCCGCUGGACUAUGCAGGCCAGAUCAGCGUGGCCAACUAGUCUGACAGUUGAACCAGCUGGCCAGACAGCGCAGUGGUCCUUAUGUUAUCCUGUAGACUUAUGAAAGCCCUUCAUAUUACUUUAUUGUUAAUGCAUUGGAGUAAUUCCUUCAAUGCUGAACGGAAGCACUGUCUAAAGUACAAAUGCCCCUUGAGUUUUGGAAACAUGGCACUCAACAUUCCCAAAGAAAAAAGGUUAGAGUAACACCCCAUUGAUGGUAACAGAAAGGCAAUAAACAUGAGUAAGGAUUAAUGAUUGGGAUAUUUGAUUCCACUCACUGGUUAGUUGAUGAUUAUGACUCAUGACUCUUGCAACCAUUUGAAACUUGUCUGCUGAAAAUAAGAUUUGUGACAGUUCAUAUAAUUGUUCUUUGUAGUCCUUUUCUUCAAAUAUGUAGAUGUUAAUGCUGUAGUUGUAAAUUUUUUGCGGAAAUCUGUGCAGUGCAAAACUUCUAAGUGGAGCAUUUGGCGAUAUUGCAAAAUAUGGUCUAGUAUGAAGAUACAGCUGUUUUUAUUUACUGCCCUGGAGUGCAUCAGAGGGUUGCGUAAAUAGUCAAAUCACCACCUGGGAGGGGGGUUGGCCUUCUCCUGUCUUGUUGCCCUCUGGUUACUCCUUGUUGUGGGUCAAGCACCAGCUUAUUCAUGGCAUGUAGUCUUAGCAGACUUCUGUGUGUUUUUUGGAAAGGAAAGAAAAAGGUGCAGUGGUCUCUUCAUUUUUUCCAGAGCUAUAUGUAAAGCCCUCGGAUUAAACAUUCUAGGGCGAGGAUUACAAAAGAAUAUGUGCUCACAAAAGAAUAUGUCUGCAGCUCUAGAGAUCCUCACAGGUCAGAGUGUGUGCAGAAUAACAAGGCAGAAUAAUUCUUCCCAGCUUGCUCUUAGUUGGUGAGUGUCAGGAAAUCUGAAACAACACCUCAGCAGGAGUUACUCCGGGACGUUAAUUGUUCUGUUUUGUCUUCUGGAAUAACAUUAUGGCAGCUAAACAGUCAUUACAUUGAAAGAUGAGAUUUGGAUCCUCUUCAACCUGGUUGUUGAGGGAUUCCUGUUAUGUCUGGCAGAUGUUUGGACUACGCUUCUCUCACUGACAUUUCUAAACAGCUUUGGACUGAUUGAAAAAAAACAUUUUGACAUUUUGGAUGUGUUGAAAGUACAUUUUGUCCAGCAGGUUUUUUUGCUCUUAUCAGGAUUGUUUAUAGCUUUAAAGGACAGUGGAUCCCUUCUGUUCCUUCAAAAAUAUUUAAUUAAACAUGAAAGUGAUGUUCUCUUUGUGUUGAUGUCACAGGUAUUGUGUCCUUCAGAAUUAUUGCCCCCCCCCCCCCAGGUAAAUAAGUACACAAAGGCUGUGAAAAAAUUUAAUUGUUGAUUAUCUUGAUCUAACUGAAAGAAAUAUCAAACCAUUAAUUGGGUGAAAAAUCCUUUAAGAAAAAAAAUCAGAAAGUAAUGAAUG